AUGCAAGCUUGGGAGUGUUUGGGUAAACUUCCUAAUGGCCAAGAGAUAGCUGUGAAGAGGCUAUCAAAUAGUUCAGGGCAAGGCAUAGAAGAAUUUAAGAAUGAGAUCGUAUUGAUCGCUAAGCUUCAACACCGAUAUUUAGUGAGACUACUGGGAUAUUGCUUUGAAGGACAGGAAAAGAUACUUGUCUAUGAAUUUGUUCCCAACAAAAGCCUCGACUAUUUCUUAUUUGUUUUUAUAGAUCCUGAAAAGCAGCAUCUACUAGAUUGGUCGAGACGCUACAAGAUUAUAGGAGGUAUUGCGCGUGGACUGCUUUACCUUCAUGAGGAUUCUCGUCUAAGAAUUAUACACCGCGAUCUCAAAGCAAGCAAUAUAUUGUUAGAUGCUGAAAUGAAUCCCAAAAUAUCAGAUUUUGGAAUGGCAAGAAUAUUUGAAAUCGAUCAAAGUGAAGAAAUAACAGGCAGGAUUGUUGGGACAUACGGUUACAUGUCACCGGAGUAUGCUAUGCACGGACAAUACUCUGUUAGAUCUGAUGUUUUCAGCUUCGGUGUUCUACUUUUGGAGAUCAUAAGUGGAAAAAAGAAUAGUACAUUUUACCAAUCAGAUGGUUUUGAAGAUCUUCUUAGCUAUGUUUGGAAGAAUUGGAGAGACGGGACACCAUUGAACAUUAUGGAUCCAACUUUUGGAGAGUCAUACUCAAGAAAUGAAGUGAUGCAGUGUAUACAUAUUGGAUUGUUAUGUGUUCAAGAAGAUGUUAACGAAAGACCUACGAUGGCAUCUGUGGUGCUCAUGCUUAAUAGCUACUCUGUCACCAUGCGAGUGCCUCAGCAACCUGCAUUCUUUUUUCGUAGUCGAUCAGAGAUGAUACCGAAAGGGCUAGAAUCAGAUCAAUCUACAAGCAAGUCAAUUCCAUUGUCCAUAAAUGACGUAUCCAUUACAGAAUUGGAGCCAAGAUAGAUGGAUACAAUGAUGGAGUUUUAAGUGUACCAUUUAGUGGGAACACCUACUGAUACAGGUCAACUUAACCUGAUGGUGCAAGAAAUUUAUAUAAUGUCUUAUAUUCUAUAUGUUAUAUAGAGGAAUUAGGUGAUUGAAUGAGACAAGCUAAGAGGGUUAUAUUCCUAAUUUCCCAUGCGAUUGGAGUCUUAGUUCAUGACGCA